UCAGUCCCGAACCCUACUCCAUGUAGUGAGUAUCAUACAAUCCGUCCCACCUACACCAAUCCUUUACUUACAAUUUAACUGUAUACAAUCAGCAAGUGUAUGCACAGAACGCUGUACAAUUGCUACAAACUAGACUUGAGCAAGUGUGGUUAAGGUUUACAAUUGUUUGAAAAAAAGUGAGCAGAUUAAAAAAAGUUUCUAUUUAGUGAUAUUUAGCUGAAGGAUUCUAAGGAUGGGAUUAAAUCUACUAAGUACUGAGGUUCAAGCAGUGUAGAUCAUACACUUAUGGAUAUGUUAGGGUUUAGAGCUUUGACCAGGUGACACGACAUGCCCGGCAGAUUUUCCGGUCUCUGCUAUUCCAGCCCAGUUUUCCACACUCUGCUCAUUCUUUUACUCAUCAUGGUGGGAGAAACAGAAACAGGAAUUUCUACUCAAAACUCAUUUCACAGAAACUCUCCAGAUGCAUCAUCAUCAUCCCCUCCAUCCUUAUCAUCUUCAUCCACAUCCUCCUCCUCAUCCUCCUCAUCCUCCUCAUCCUCCUUCUCCUCUAGAACGGGUUCUGAAUAUCUGGACUUGGUCACAGCACUUCAUCUUCAUAAUACAACCUUCUCAGGGUUGAAUUUACAGCCUGGUCCGCACUUUACCUCCCCUGCUCUACAUUUUACAGGAUUGUCCAGAUCAGUUUAUUUUAAUUCCAUCGUUAGAGAUUCCCUCUCCAAAAUAAUUAGAUCUCAUAAGGAGUUUGCUUUCCUUACAUCAAUUCGACAGCAUAGAGAAAACUCAGGAACCAUCCUGGCCCUUUCAUUUGGACCAUUCCAUUCAUUCAGAUAUCUUGAGAUACAAUCUAGCGGACGAAAAGAUGAAUUAAGAAUUCAUUAUUGGCCACAGUCUUCAAGUUCUCAUUUAGACGUAGAGGUGGAGAGAUUUCAGGUUCGGCUCGCCGACGAUUCAUGGCACAGAUUAGGGGUUGUAGUCUCAGGGGACCAAAUAGAUAUUCUCCUAGACUGUCAGAGAAUACACUCAAGGGUGCUUCGUCAUACACUGGAUAAAUCCUUCCACCCUUCCAGUGAGAACCUAACUUUAUGGAUAGGACAGAGAAAUCAAAAUCAAUUCUUGUUCAAGGGUUAUCUGCAAGGAACAAGGAUAGUUGGAGGAGAGUAUGGAUAUCUUGAACAAUGUCCAUCUCUACAACAUUCCUGUCCAACCUGUGGACAAUUCAAGGCUUUAGAAGACACUGUGAGUACACUUCUACGCACUGUGCAAGAUCUCACAAAAAGAUUACAGGAGGCUGAUGGGAGAAUAUCUAAACUAGAGGAGUGUAAGUGUUCCAAGGAGUGUAUACUAGAGAAUGGAACAGUAUUCAAUGAUAAAGAUUCCUGGUUAGAUGGCUGUGAAACUUGUGUAUGCAAUAAUGGUAUAGUAGAGUGUACUGCAACUAGUUGUCCUGUACUGGAUUGUGCAGUACAUAUUCCUCCUACAACUGGUCAAUGUUGUCCUUCAUGUCCAGCCCCUUGUCCUGGGCUGAACCUGACCCAUGGUGAAGUAUCCCGACCUAAACCCUGUAAACAUUGUAAAUGUGAGAACGGAGUUGGAGUUUGUAAUUUACAGAAGGAAUGUCCGGUCCUGGACUGUGAACCCUCAAUGUACCUUCAAGAGGACGGAGAAUGUUGUCCUGUUUGUAAAGACACAGACUGGUGUAAAACUGGAUCUGAAGACUGUGAUGUGAAUGCAGUCUGCGUUUCAGGACAGUUUAGGCACUCAUGUCAUUGCUCAUUAGGAUUUAAGGGAAAUGGAACUCAUUGCGAAGAUGAAGAUGAAUGUAUGAAAUCAACUCACAAUUGUAAUUUUAAAAACGCUCAGUGUAUAAACUCUGUUGGGAGCUUCAAAUGUGACUGUGAAAAAGGUUACCAGUUAGACAGUGUAAACAGCUGUUCCCCGGUGAACAUGUGUGAAAAACCGGUUUGUCCAGAAUCAGCUGACUGUGCCUACACAGGUCCAGGAGAGUACACGUGUAAUUGCAGAACUGGUUACUUCCAAAAUGGCGGGGACUGCCUUCCUGUUUGUGAUAUUGGGUGUGAUAAUGGUGGGCAUUGUGUUGGUCCAAACCAAUGUGAAUGCCCAUCUGGAUUCCAGGGAUCACAUUGCCAACUGGAUGUUAAUGAAUGUGACCUGGAGCCGUGUGGUUCUGAGUCCACAUGUGUGAAUAUGCCUGGCUGGUACUAUUGUGACUGCAGGGACGGAUACCGGUCUUAUCACAAUCCUUUGGACGGAUCACAUUCAUGUGUGGAUGAAAAUGAGUGUGAAUCAGACCAUACUUGCCAUCCAGACACUCAGUGCAGGAACACACUGGGCGGAUACACAUGUAUGUGCCAGCCUGGAGCACCAUGUACUGGUACAUGCGUCCUUGACGGUACACACAUACAAGACGGGGCCAGCUGGCAGGAGGGAUGCAGUAUGUGUAUUUGUGUACAGGGCAAGGUGUCCUGUACCCAGGUAGAAUGUGAUUGUAGUGAAAGUGUAGAUUCAAGAUGUUGCCCUAGAUGCCAGAACCAGCAGUCAUGUUCACAUCAGGAAAUUCCUGGUGAACUUUAUGCUUCCGGAGAUAGAUGGAUUCAUCAGUGCCUCGAGUGUGAAUGUUUAAACGGUGAGGUUGAUUGUUGGCCUUUAACCUGUCCUUCAACAUGUCCUCGGUCCUCCUCAACUCCUCAACCAUCAUCCUCCACCCUUCAACCGCCCUGUUGUUCUCAAAUCCAUCUCCCAGGAUGUGAUUCACGGAGCGCUGUGAAUUCUACAGAUCUAUGCUGGGGAUGUACACGUCAGGCCAGGGACAUCAAUACCGGAAACGAGAUCGGAAAACUGGUUUUAAGACCGGAUACUGAUCCAAACUUCCGGUUGAAAUUUGCUUAUAAAUCUGGUGGCGGAACUGCAAAUAGUAAUCGGAUGGGUUUAGCUGUAGUACUCCUCCAUGUUCUCUGGAUCCUGCUGGAUCUAAGCUCCAGGAGAACCCGGAGCAGGAGCAAACCUUCUUCCUGGAGAACAUCACGAUCCCUACCAGCGAGCACGAUAACUUCAUCCUUAUCGACCGGAUCAGAAGAUCGGCUGGAUCUAGUAAACCCAGACCAACAUAAUCAUUUAUUUCUUCCCUUGUAUCAUUCAUCCCACCUAGAGCUUCAAACCCUUUGAUUAACCCUAAGAGAAUAGAAUAUAUAUUAGAUCUUUAAUAUAUCUCAGAAUUGGAAUUUUGAUAUCUUCCACGGACCACAAUGUACUUGUAAUAGUUGUAAUUUAGGAUUUUAAUAACCUCAUUCCAGUAUUAAACUGUUUCCUGUAUUCCAUGUACUUUAAAUAGUGCAUCCUGUAUACGGUAUCAUGUAUCCGGCAUCUUGUAUCCUGUAUCCUACAUCCUACAUCCUGUAUCGUGAGGAUUUUUAAGUAAAAUCAAUAGCUUUGAAUGUUAAAAACUCGCGAAUCUAAAUUUUAUAAUUGUAUUCUAGACAAUAUUAAUUAUUGUACACACGCUCUCGUGUCAUUGAAAAGUACUAAAUGUGUACCAACUAACUACAAUGUCUUGUACUCAUUAAACUGUACUUAAAAACAAAAUCAUUCCUCGCAUUUCUUUGUUUUAGUUUUUAUUACUGCAUUUAUGUCUGAUCUUUAUGUAACCGACAUAUCCUUUAUUUCAAACACUGUAUUAUUAUGCACAAAAGAUUCCAUUCUUUACUCAAAAAUGUCAAGAGUAAGAGAUUUAAUGUUUUAGAAGCGGAGAAUAUUUCCUCUAAAACUUUUCACUAAAAACGUUUAUUUUGCUCCGCGUUUGAAAAUGUUUGACAAUGUUUGACAAUGUUUGAAAAUGUUUGA